AUGCCAUUGAUAAAGUUAGAAGAUAAUGUUACGAAGAUUUUGAAGUCCCACGAGUACGUUGUUUCGCUUAAUACCGUAAUAAAGGAGCUUAUUCAAAAUAGCGUUGAUGCCGAUGCAACUAAUAUUGUGGUGAAAGUAGAAACGGAUAAAUGCAAUAUCAGGGUCCAAGAUAAUGGCCAGGGUUUGGAGCCAAAUUGCUUGAAUAUUUUAGGGUCUCGAAAUGUGACUUCAAAAAUCAGAUCAUUGCAGGAAUUACCAAGAAUCAGUACGUAUGGUUUCCGUGGAGAAGCUUUGUAUAUGAUACUUCAAUGCAGCAGAAUGAAUAUAGUGACUAAACCAAUAGGAUAUAGUGGAGUAUGGAAAACAGAAUUUACUGGUACCGUUAGGCUUUGCACUGACACGGAAAGGGAUGCAUUUGCCAGUUCACAAAAUGGGACUAUUGUCAACGUGAGAGACUUGUUUUACAACUUACCAGUUCGCAGGGAAAUGCACAAGAGAAGAGCGUUAUCGGACAUAUUAAAUGAAUUAAGAACAGAUGCUUUAUCGAUCCUUAUAAAGAAUCCUAAGGUAUUCUUGAAAGUUUAUGUGAAUGGAGACCUGAAAAUCUCCUCUUGGCGUACGCAUCAAUCUCUAGAUGCUCCUCAGAGAAUAGUUGGAAGUUUACGCGAUGUUUUUGGUGAUAUUAUUCCAGAAGAACAAUUAAAGUACGUAUCAGCUUCUUUCAAAUCUUAUUCAGUCAAGGGUAUUAUAUCAACACAUCCAAUAAUGUCUAAAGAUUAUCAAUAUAUUUUCAUAAAUGGGAGAAAAUAUGAGGAUUCUAAAUUCUUUUCCUUAAUAAAUAGACAAUUUCAGGCAACAAAAUACGUUGAGAAGAACUGGGAGUCAUUUUCGGUGAAAUCUGUUGGAACUCCGUACAACUCUUAUCCUUUGUUCCUAAUUAGUUGUGACGGUCCGCUAGAUAUUUCCGAUCUCAUUCAGGAUCCUGGGAAGACUAUAUUUCAAUCUCAAACUCUAAACAUACUCAGUCCUCUAAUUUUAAAUGUAGUUCUAUCAUUCUUGCGUCACCUUGGGUAUGAUAUUUCUAAGGAGUUUCCGCAACCAGUGGAAAAAUAUUUUAUCGAUAAACCUGAAUUUUACAAUGGAGUUAAUAAGCCUUUUACAUUGCCGACAAUAACGAAAUCAUCCUACAACACAUCCAAAAUAUCUAAAUCUAAGCAUAAAAAAAAGCUGUUGGAUGUAUUAAAAUCACCCCCUAAAGAUAACUCAAUUAUUCUCAAACUUCAGGAUAAAAUAAAUGUGUGCACAAAGUUUAAUGUACAUGGAAACGAUCUUAAACACGACUCCGAAUUUGAUAUUAGAACUUUAAGCUUAACUGGAACAGAAUCUAUAUAUUUGAAGGAUCACGCGGUUCAAGACUUUAAAUUAUUAAAGUCAGAUAUUAACAAAUUUGAAGUUAUUAAACAGAUAGACUGCAAAUUCAUUUUAGUCAAAUCACAGAGUAGACUAUUGAUUAUUGAUCAACAUGCUUGCCAUGAGAGAAUCAUGGUGGAAAGUAUACUCAAAGAUACAAUAAACAUGUUUCAUAACAGAACUAUCAGCUGUUCCGAUACUGAUAUGAAUAUAAAAGUUUCUGUUGAAGAGUUUGACUGGUUUAAUGAGUUUCUUAGUGAGUUUGAGGCAUGGGGAAUAUUUUUGAGAUUAAAUGAAGGGAAUGAUGAGGAGUCCCUUAUUACAAUCCUAAAAAUUCCGUCUUUCUUACAUGAUAAGGUUAGAAAUGAUCAUUCAUUUCUAAAAAGCGUUCUCCUUCAGCACGUCUAUGAUUUAAAAAAUGAUAAACGGAGAAGAGUGGCGAAGUCAUUUUAUACAAAAGGGUUCUCUUCCAAGUGGUGGAUGAUUAUCCCUAACAUGCCAAGAGUAUACCUAGAAAUUAUAAAUUCAAAAGCCUGUAGAUCAGCCAUAAUGUUCGGUACGUCACUUUCAAAAGAGGAGUGUAAAAUCAUGAUUUCAGAAUUAUCAUGUUGUCACUUUCCAUUUCAAUGUGCACAUGGACGACCUUCUGUGGUACCUAUAGUAGAAAUAAACGAUAAUAUGUUUAACUCUAUGCACAAAGAUUAUGAAAUCUUAUAA